AAAUCUUAUGCAUUAUUGAUCUUGUGUGGAUGUGGAUGUUAUCUAUUUUUCCUAUUUUCUUCUUUAUUUGGAGUGCAGAACUCAAAGUCAACCAAAGGACAAAUUAAGUAUUUGGUAUACUGCAUGGAGAAUGCUAUUUUAAAUCUUUCACAAGAACAGGAACAGAUGGUCUGGCUGAUUGACUUCCAGGGUUUCAAUAUGUCACAUAUAUCAAUCAAAGUGAUGCGUGAAACUGCCCAUGGAUUACAAGAACAUUAUCCUGAACGGCUUGGUCUUGCAAUACUGUACAAUGCACCUAAAUUCUUCGAACCAUUCUUCACGAUGGUAAAGCCCCUAUUAGAGACCAAGACUUAUAAUAAAGUCAAGUUCGGUUACUCUGAUGAUCAGAACACGAAGAAGCUAAUGGAGGAUUUGUUUGAUUUUGACCAUCUUGAAUCUGCAUUUGGUGGGAAAGAUACUGCAGAAUUUGAGAUGAAUAAGUAUGCUGAGCGAAUGAAAGAGGCUAGGAUGACAAGAAGAUUCUCUCUUUCUGGGCAAGGGAAAACUCUACAUCCUCAGUCUAGAUUUAAUUAGACCAUUUACAAUGGUUUGUUUAAAUUACAGACUCUCAACACCACUUUUUCUCUUUCCAACACUCCACAUCAUCUUCUCUCUCCAAUUCAACACUCUCUCAACAAUUACCCACUCCAAUGGUUUUCAUUCAAUACCCUACCCCACCACUUUUUUAUUUCAUAUUUUUAUUUAAUUUUAUAUUUUUGUUUUUAUUAUUUACAUAAAAUUACAAUUAUUGUUUUAAAUUAAAUUAAAACAAUAAACACUUAACAAUUUAAUUUUUUUAAAUAUAGACAAUAAUUUAUUUUAUUUCCUUAACUUAAAAAUGGAAGACAACAAAUUAAGCACACAAUAAUAAGAUGGUGAGAGAGAUAAUAAGAUGGUGAAAAAAUUGGUUUUUUUUUUCUGUAUCCAAAUCAAACGAACCAAGUCUCUAUUUAUAGAGGAAAAAAAGUUAUAAAUUUUUGUUAAAAUAAAAUUUUCAAAUUUUUUUUUUUCAACAAGAUAAUUCAGUUUAAAAUUUUUUAAAACAAAAAAUCCCCACUCAGAUUCUCUCUCCUGCCUUCUCUUUCCUCUCCACCAUUCAGAAGCCGCCACGUGGCACCAAACAUCCCUCUCAACUUUGUUAAACACUCAACAUCUCACUUCUCUACCUCAUUCUCAACAAACCCUCAACAACCACUACAAACGCUCGACAACUCUCAACAUCUCUCUCAACUCACCAUUGCAUAUGGUCUUUAAGUUAGACACAGAUUCUGAUGCUUCAGAUAAUGAGAAAAAAGCAUGUGCAUCUGACAAUGAGAAAAUUGACUGUUCCCCUAACCCCGAAACGGAAACUGACAUCAAUCACAUCAUUGACCAUGAUGAGAAUAAUCUAGGGAAAAGAAAUGACAUCAUUGACCAUGAUGAGAAUAAUCAAGGGAAAAGAAAUGCAAAUAAAGAUAGCAAGGUGCUGUGACAUUCUUGUUUGAAAUUUAGAAUGAGAAAUAUAUUACAUCCCUUAGAGCCUCUGAGUUUACAUAGAGGCAGUGAGGUAGCAAGGUGCUGUGACAUUCUUAUUUGAAAUUUAGUAUCAAGAGACUUUUUGUUAACUUGAUGUUUAAGAUGACAGAUGACUUUACUAUGCGAUUUUACUUUGCGCGUGUUGGUUUGAGUAGUGGACACAAAAUUAAUGCACUUUUAAUCAAAAGCUACACUUUGUAGCUACUUGCUUGAGUUUAUUUUGGAACCUAAACUGGUUUGCAAUAGCUAAACCAAACACACUUGUAAGAUAUUGGAGCUUCUGACCCUUACAGAUGGUAUGGAUUCUUACUUGCUCAUCCAACAAUAAUUGACUUUUCUUCUUGUCAAUAUUUGUCUCUUUUUUCACUCAUUGACAGAUGAUUGAUUUUUAUAAUUUAUAGCAAGCAGGUCUAUUUCUCCUUCACCCAAUUGCAUCAUGUCUAGGAAUUCAUGUGAUAUCUAGGCUUGGAUCUGGUUCCUCUAAGUUCUCCUACAAGACCAAGUUGGUGGGCACCAAGCUUUCCAUGAAAACCAGCGGGGUGAUGUCAAACGCAUUCCCGGGGCUUUGGUCUUUAAACUGGGUGACAUGAUGCAAAGUUCUGGCCCGAAAAAUUGGUCCAUUGGUUUCAGUAGAUAGCAUCUUCCACCUGAGAAUUCAAGACUAUGUAGACCUAUACAGGAGUUGCUGAUUCAAUAGAGUCCUCCACUUUAUUAUGAAACGUCAGUAAAGGACCUGGUUAAACACUACUAUGUGAAAGGGCUAAAUAGUACUUCGGCAUUAGAACACUUCAAGUGGUAAAGCAUGAGUAGCUGCCAGGAAUCAAAAUUUGCUUGAAUGUGAAAGUGAGAGACUCAGGAGAUCCCCAAUGUUUACCACAAGUGAACCGUGGACUGGAGGAACAUCAACCCAUUGAUUCUGAUGAAGAAUUUGAAGACCACCAAUCUGAUCUUGCAGAAGUAUUGUCAUGAAGUCAAUAUCAGAAUGCUUCGACGUGCCCAUAGUUAAUUCGGGUUCAGGGCAUGUGGGAUAGUAGUGACCCAAAAUGAAUUGUCCUUCAGCAGAGUCCAUUUCAUUAAGAUAAGAAGGAUUAAGGCCAAGAGCCUCUGAGAACAGCUCAAAGAUGGUAAAGCCCAACGCUCUUACUUUCUUUGAAUAUUCAAUCACAAUGUCUCUGCAAAUGCAUAAUCAUUUUAUCACAGAAAAAAAGUAAAAGGUCCAAAUUUGAUUUUGUUAGCACUAUGCAACUGAAGUCCACAAGUGACAUUGACUUGAAGCGAUGUAACUAGUAUGAAAUAUUAGAAAGUUGCAUGCACAUUCCUGCUUUAUUAGAAUUGUUAUUUUGCUUAUAUGAAGCAAAUAUGAGAUAUAAGAACAGUUCCAAAUCAAGUGUGUAUACAAUUUUUAUUUUACAUUUAAGCCUGUAAAGAUAUGAAGUACAAGGAAGUUUGCAUAUUCUAGAGUAACUGUUUAGCUUAUAUAUAUAAAACUGCCAAGUUGGGGUGCUUUUGA